UCCCCUAUAUGCAUAACUUCAGUAUUGCUGUUGAGUUAGCUAAGUUUGCCGUUUCAUGCCUUGUUUUCAAAAUGAUUAUUUGCAUAGUAAUGUAGACUGGCUUGUUAUUUAGUGUCCUCCAAUAAAAUUUUAGCCACUUACUGUAAUGCAAGUUUUAGACGCUGGCAAUUAAGAUCUUGAGUGAAAUGUCCACCGUUCCGUGAUCGAAUAUUUCAUUGCUCAUAGAAUUCAUUCACGAGUAAUUUGAAACUACAGAGAAAAGUGAAGGUUAUGAUUCUAUGAAACAAGGAGCAUGACAAAGAGCGAGAAACGUGAUGGGAGGAGGAAGGAAAAAUCCAAAUCCAAAUCCGUUGAAUUGGCGGACAGGGAGGCCUGUUGUCAGGAAGACGACCAAAACAGAACUGUAAAGACAAAGAAGAGGAAGCCAUGCACCGAAACCGAGGAGACUCCAGGAUCUGGCCCUGUGGUUAAAGUGAAAAAGAGACCUUCUCAGUCAGAGUUGGCAGAAGUGAAGAACAAGAAAAAAUCAAAAAAGGAGCAAGUAGAGGAGCAUACAGAAAAGAAACAGAAGAAAAGGAAGAAGAAAAGCUGUAAAUCUGAGGGUGCAGCUGGCAGAACGGUGCUUGUGAUGCAAGGAUUUAUGGCAGAUGAAACGUUAAGUGAGCAUGCCAAGGAAUCGGAACCACCUCAGGAUGCAUCUGCCAGCGCGGGAGAAGAGCCGAAGGAGGAGGACGAGGAUGCCGAAGAGGCCCUGGGACCGGAGGAGAGACGGGCCCUGGAGAGGAAGCUGAAGAAGAUGCGGAAGCAGGAGGAGAAGAGCAGACUGAAGGCAGAGGGGCAGGACCCGGAGAAGGCCGAGGCCACCAAGCCCUCAGCCGGCCAACUGGCUCUGGACUACCUCACAUGCUGGUCGGAGAAGCGUGAAGACUGGAGGUUCCAGAAGACCAGACAGACCUGGCUCCUUCAGCACAUGUUCGACAGAGAGAAGGUCCCAGACGGGAGCUUCUCCGCGCUGCUGCCCUACCUGGAGGGGCUGCGGGGCGUGGCGCGGGACACCACGGUGCAGAAGGCCGAGGCGCUGGUGCGCCAGCUGGAGGGGCAGGGGGCAGAGGAGCAGGAGGCCCACCUCCGGGCACACAGAGCGAGGGAGGUCAUCCAGAUGCUGUCCUGAACCAGCGCUGACCCACACACACACACACUCAGGAAUACCCAAUCACGACUGUCAGUCUUCACUGUGGGACGUGACAAGGAGUCGUCCAUCCAAUCAAGCACAAGGACAACUCUUAACCCUGUUUUUAUCCAAUAGCAGCUCACGUCCUGGUUGUGGGAAGCCUGUCAAUGUGUGAUGUUGCUCUCCUUGUGAUGUUUCUCUCCUUUUGUUUUCCCCCUGCUGGGACAGAUUCCUUUCAUUUCACACGUUGAUUUGUGGUGUUAUUCACUAGCUCGCUGGCCUUUACAGCAAAGCUGUUUGAUAUAACGAGUCAAUGAAACAUGUCAAAUGGUCCAUGUGUAUCUGUUAUUUUCUCGCCGCAGAGUGGUUAGGUUCUCAUGAGCUACAAAUUGAAGUGAACCAGAUGCAGUGCGUCUCUGAGGUUCGUCGAAACCGUAGAACUAAUGGGCAGCAGGAAUGACAUUCAGAAAAAUAAGCCCCGUUCUGCUUUUCAUCACUGCAGCCUGCAGCCAGCUGCGUUCGACAGAGAUGUGAUCUGACGAGAUGUAAUCUGAGCAUGCCAUGCAAGCUGAACAAGUAAACAGUUGACAUUGAAUAAACGUUUUAAAUUUUG